CAUGUGCACAGAGCGUCCCAGGCAGCGCUCGAUGCAGCAGGGUAGUUCCAGUCGGGCGAAGAGACAAUAGAGCUCUAGAGGUUCAUCUUGAGACGAUUUUGAAAGUGUUUUUGACACCGGCCGACGAGUGGAAAGCUACUGAAGUCCGCAGUGACGGUUCCAUCGCCUAUAAAGAUCAUGACCAAGGACCCUGGCUGCUGCUGACCGAGGUGGAGGAUGAGGCUCGUAACCAUGUCCUGGAGUAGGAGCCAUGAGGAGUGGAGGAGCGUGUGAUGAGGCCUGGGAGGAUGGCAGAGCCCGGACACGGACACAGCCAUGGGGGGAAACCUGUCCAAAUAUGCCCCCAUCUUUCUCGUCCUCGCGCUGUCAGGAAUCCUCUUCCUACUGCGCAACAUCCAUACGCUGGAGAGGUGGAACUGCCAGUCGGUGUCCUCACUCUACCAGCUGCGCACCAGCAUCAGCUCGGUCCUCAAGCCCGGCACCGGCCCCUUCCUGGCCCUGGAUCACAACCAGACCUUCUGCCUGCACCUGGGCCAGGAGCCCUCCAGCGAGGAGGCCCAUGAGGAGCGCUACCUGCUGGACGCCCUGGCCUGGCCGGGGGCCAACCGGCCGGUGGAGCCCGUCCGCAAGAGCAGCGACCCGGCCCACAGCUUCUUCGUGAUCCAGCCGCCGCCCCCUCCGGGCUCCGGGUCGGGGUCCGGCGGGCAGCUGGGGACGUGGCGCGUGGGCGGCAAGCUGGAGGUGCUGGUCCACAUGCAGGACUUCCUGGGCCAGCCCAAGAGGCACGGCGGGGACUUCCUGCUGGCGCGCAUCCGCUCGCCGGAGCUGGGCGCCGGGGUGUCGGGCCGGGUGGUGGACCGGCGCGAUGGGCUGUACGCGGUGGAGCUGCCUCUGCUGUGGGCGGGUCCAGCACAGGUGGAGGUGACACUGGUGCACUCCGCCGAGGCCGUGGGGGUGCUGCGUCGGCUACGCGAGGAGCGUCCCGACCGCGUCUACUUCAAGAGCCUCUUCCGCUCCGGCUUCCUGUCGGAGACCACCGUCUGCAACCUGUGCCUGCCCACGGGCGCCAAGCAGGCGGCACUCUGCAACUACACGGACGCGCGCACCGGCGAGCCCUGGUACUGCUACAAGCCGCGGCUGCUGGACUGUGACACGCGCGUCAACCACGCCAAGGGCGGCUACAAGAAGAACCUGCUCACCACCACCGAGUCUCUGCUCUUCUCCACCUUCACCAUCAAAGCGCCGGUUCAAGCAAUAGGGAUGGACAACAUAACAAUUUUGCCUGCCGCCAAAGGCCUGUCUUUGAUGCACAGGGACGUGGCCAAGUUCGUGCCAUCUGGGUACUACUACCAGGGCUCCUGGCGGCCCCUAUCUGCCAUGCCCCCCAUGCAGCAGUUCAACGACUCCUCGGCAAUCACGCAGUGUCUGAGCGGGAAGCUGUUCUACAUGUUUGGAGACUCCACUGUGCGGCAGUGGUUUGAGUACCUCAAUGCCUUUGUUCCAGAACUGAAAGAGUUCAACCUCUACAGCCCAAAGAACGUGGGGCCGUACAUGGCGGUGGACAGCGUCAACAACAUCCUGCUGUCCUACCGCUGCCACGGGCCGCCCAUCCGCUUCUCCACCGUCUCCUCCAGCGAGCUGCGCUACGUGGCCAACGAGCUGGAUGGCCUGCCCGGCGGCCCCGACACCAUCGUGGCCAUCAGCAUCUGGUCGCACUUCAGCACCUUCCCCCUGGAGGUGUACCUGCGGAGGCUCAGGCACAUCCGCCGCGCCGUGGCCAGGCUGCUGGACCGGGCGCCGGGCACGCUGGUGGUGGUGCGCACGGCCAACCCCCAACAGCUGGACCCUGAGGUCAGCCUGUACAACAGCGACUGGUUCUCUGUGCAGCUGGACGCGGUUCUGAGGGCCAUGUUCAGGGGGUUGCAGGGGGUGGUGCUGCUGGACGCCUGGGACAUGACACUGGCGCACCCCACCCAGCCGCACCUCCUGCAUCCAGCCCCGGACAUCGUCAAGAACAUGAUAGACCUCAUCCUGUCCCACGUCUGUCCAGCCAGUCAGGAGAAGAAGAGCUAGCCAAGUGAGGCGGUGCAACGGAGUCACCAUGACUAUGGUGGGCUGUGGGCUGUGGCUCUGACUGUCACACCACCAAUCAGCCUGGUGUGGCGGUCAGAGCCCCUGUUUGGUACCCCACAAGACCCAGGUUCGAGUUUCGAUAGGGCAACUCUACUCCCCUUCGCUAUGGGACAAGAGACUGGCGAGUAUGAGACAUAAUACGUUCUGAGAAGCCAAACUUGUACGGACUUGCAUUUAUGUUUUCCUGCCUUGUUAUAUUGGAAGGAGAAGACGUACUGUAUAUGUUGGAGGUUUUUGGACUUUACUGUGCUGAACCCUGCUGGUGACAGGAAGCUGUUUCGCCAAAAGCUGCUUCUCAGGGUUCUGAUGUCCUCUCUGCAAGAGAAGAACGCUGCUGCACUUUUAUUCAUGUACUGUAGUUUCAUCAAGCUCUGCUUUGAGUCCUGGCCGCAUUAUUGAAGUGUGAUGACUCACCGUCCAAAUGGUUCCCAAUUUUAUUUAGUGUCCAUUAACUCCGAGCCAGUUGGAUCCUGU